AAGCUCUUACAUUUAUUUUUGAAAAGUUUAGCCUAAUUAUCCCCACCUGAUGUGCAUUUGCUAAUAGGACAAAAAUAUAAAUAAGCACAUACCUAGGGGUGGAGACACUAGCAAAAUGGCUGAAACCAAAAAACAAAGAAAAGUCAUUUUUCAAAAAGAGGAAAUUAAUAUUAUUUUAGAGGAGGUGGAGCUACAAAAACAUAUAAUUUUCAGCAGGUUUAAGGGCAGUCACACAAAUAAAGAAAAACAAAAAAUGUGGGACGAUAUUGCUACAAAACUUACUGCAACAAGGGGGAUUAAAAGAUCAGGGAAUGAGGUCAGGAAGAAGUGGCAGGACUUUUCAAGCCUAGCUAAAAGAAAAAGGGCACUGCAGAGGACAACAAUUAAUAAAACAGGUGGUGGGCCUAAUGACGCCCCCAUUCUUACAGCAGAAGAAGAAAAGGCACUGUCAAUUCUUGGAACAACUGCCUCAGAUGGGAUUUGUGGUGGGAUUGACCUCCAUGGAGGAGAAGGGUUGCGUCAACCUGAACCUGAGUCAGGUCCAUCAUGUUCACAAGAGCAAUCAGGUUCACCUCCUAUUGACAGACAGCUACCAUCUCCCAGUCCUCCCAACAGUCCAACAGACCAGCCUCCAUCUUCAAUUGUUCAGGCUACAGCCACAACACCGCGAUUUGAGAAUAUCUGUGGUUGUAGUCAGGACUUGGUACAGCUGGAGCGAGAGAAAUUAGAUGUUCUAAAAGAUAUCAGACAAUCUCUUAAAGAGGCCAAUGAGAUGAAUUACAACUUUCAGAGGGAAAUCAUUGAACUUAAGAAGGCCAAGAUGGCUUUGGAAGAGAGGAGACUUUCACUGGAGGAGAUGAGUUUUGCAAGGCCCUCCAUUUCAGUGCCAAUUAUCUUGCCAGAUGAGUCAGAUCCUGGGGAACAAACUACAAACUUGAAUCAAUAAAAAUUGUUUAAAUGCAAUGUUUUGAUGUUUGUUAAUCCACUCAAAGUCUAAGGCUCAAUGAAAUACUAAUAAGCAGAAGAAUUCUUAUUAUAUUAUCAUAUCAUAAGUGUUUCAAAUUUAAAUAGCUACUUGUAGUCUCUUUAAAAAAGUAAUAAGCAUGCAAGUCCUAUGGGCUAGUUUCACAGACAGGGCCAGGAUUAGGCCAUAGUUCAAUUAGAUUUAAGUAUUUUUUUUUUAUAAUUGCGCCUUAGAAAAAAAAUUACUGGUGUCCAUCUUGAGACAAAACAAAGGGACUGAUAUAUUUUAGGAUCAGUCAGUGCAAGUGUCCUUCAGUUGAAAAAGCUCAGACUUACAUUUUAGUCUGGACUAUAGGCUUAAGCAUUGUCUGUGAAAAGAGGGGUAUAUAUUUUACUACAGCUCGAGUCUUGAUGUGUGUGGCAAUAUAGUAUUAGGGCCUAUCUAUUAGCCUAUCCAUAUAGGUGCAGAAAAAUUCUUAAUGUGCACAUUCUUUAUUAGCACUGUUUUAUAUAAAUGUAAAUCUUUGACCAUUAUGAACCUAACAAGAGAAUAAAUUCAGGGAAGAGGUAAUUAAUGCAAUUUCUAAAAUCAAUGAUUCAGUUUCUUCAAGUGGGGCCUACUGCAAUUAGUGAAAUAGAUGACAAUCAGUGUGUGACAUGUGAAUAUUAUCACAGCCUGAAAAACUUUAAUCAUAUGGUUCCUGUGAGCAAUUUUAGGAUAGUAUAUAAAGUUCACACUUCAGUAGUCUUGCAGAGUAAAUCAUGGCUGCACUACAGCGAGUUUUCCAGCUGAGAGUGAGGCAAAGAGAAAGGCAAAGACAAAGACAGAGACGACCACAGAGUACACUAUGUACUAUAAAUGCCUUCAUCAGGCAGCAUCAAAAUCCUCUGGAUAUGCUUGAUGAUAUGGCUGUCAUUCACAGGUACCGUCUGCCACGAGGAGAAAUAGUCCAGCUGCUCAAUGUCAUUGGGCCUCAGCUGAUGCGUGCUACAAGAAGGAAUUUUGCCUUGUCCCCUGAUGUGCAACUCUUAGCUGCUCUGAGAUAUUAUGCAACAGGCAGUUUUCUUCAGGUACUUGGAGAUGGACUUGGACUAAGUAAACCAUCUGUGUCCAGAGCUGUACAAGCAGUCACCUAUGCACUGCUUCCACUUGCAGCUGAACACAUCAAAUUUCCAGCAUCAAGACAGGCCAUGUCAGACAUUCAGGAGUAUUUUCUAACACAUUACCAUAUACCACAAGUCAUUGGAGUCAUUGAUGGUACUUUAAUUCCCAUCAGUACGCCUUCUGUGGAUGGCCAUACAUAUAUAUGCCGCAAAGGUUAUCCAGCAAUCAACUGCCAAGUGAUCUGUGACCAUAACUGUUUAAUCACAGACAUUGUUGCAAGGUGGCCUGGGAGCACACAUGACUCCUAUAUCUUUACCAACUCAUCUGUGGGUCAAGAGGCCCAAAACUCAAACGGACAUUGGAGGCUGCUUGGUGACAGCGGAUAUCCAUUGAGGCCAUAUCUGUUCACCCCUGUUGCUAAUCCUGUCAGUAACAGUGAGGCACAUUUCAACGAGGCUCACCGUGUUGCCCGAAGUACUGUGGAGCGCACUUUAGGAAGGUAGAAGCUACGCUUUCGGGCUAUUCACAAGUCCAGUGGUGGUCUUCUCUUUGUGCCACAAAAGUGCUGUGCUGUAAUAACAGUAACAGCUAUGUUGCACAACAUUGCAGUGAGGGCAAGAGUGCCCUUGGACAUCAGGGAGGAAGAUGAAGAGGUGGAGGAAGAGAAUGAAGUUGAGAUGAGAAUUCAUGAUGAUCAGCCAAGACAUGUUCAAUACAUGGCUGGGUUUGGGGCACGCCAGCAAGUCAUUGACACAUUUUUUUGAGUUCCUCCUUUAUUUGUGUCAUCUUUAAAUCACAUUAAAUAUUUUCUGUUAAAUAC